CUGAUUUACUCAGUCUCAUCUAGUUGCGGGACUUGGAGCAAUAUUUUUCAUUUGAUUGGUGAGGGGCAAUACCUUCAUGGAUUAAGGCCAGUGUUGCACACUUCACACAGAAAGACAGAGAGAGAGCGCGACUGCCUGUCACUCCACAAACUGCAGAAGGUACUCCGAGCAGGAUGAGGAAGCUUAAGAAGCAGGAAGUCCUGAAGCUACACAACAGAAAAACGGCGGUGCCCAGACCGAGAAGGAAACGAAGGGGCGUCCUGUGACCGAGUGAACCCAGAAAUGGAAGUUAACUACUUGUUUCUGAAGUCCAAACGAAGUGGACUGAAGAUUGCAGAAAUGGAAUAAAUGACCAGGUGUCACCAAUCAACCCUUCAAGCUGCCUUCAUCAUUCUAAAUUGUAGCUGAUUAUCGACCACAAUGCAGAUAUCUCACAUUGUCUCCAGAUCCCAUGGUGGGAUUAGUAUCUAGAAAUCUCCGUCUUGAUCAUGUUCAAUGGAGUUGUCUAUCCCAGAAGGCUUUGGAAGCUUUCAGCUUCUGCGGUUAUUGUUUCCUUUGCUACUUUGUCCUCGGGAGUUUUUAUAGCAGUUCCCCUCAUGGAGAUUCUCAUCACGCUCGCCUUCUAUCUCUUGUUUCUACUUAAAUUGGACUCUAAAAUGACCUUGUUGUUCUGGCCACUGACGGAUGGUGUAAAUUCUGUGUUUGCGGCUGUGCUGUUGCUGAUUGUCUGUAUCGCGGCUGUAGUGAGCAGGGUCACUGCUGGCAUCGUCGCUGGUUUAGUCUUCGGUUUCAUAGCUGUUGCCUUGUAUAUUGUGGAUUCUUAUAUAAUGUUCAGCCUCAUCAUGGUCAACCAACAGAAGACUUCCAGCAGGUGACCCCACGGAGAACUGUUUCUGUGAGCAAACUCAGCUGCUGAUUUUUUUGUUAGUCUGUUCCCAAUCCCUGUGUGAUUCGCAGCUUCAGCUCUACCCCUGUACAAUCCAAGUAUGACAUGUUCCUGUUUACUUUGGCCAUUCGCGCUGCAUUCAGGACAGUGGAAGUUCACACGGCUGAUUUACCAAAGGGAGGAUUUUAUUGCUAUCAGGGCUUGCCUUAAUCCUGUGAACAGAGCUGCUGGAUCAGGUGUAACAUUCCAGAUCAGUAGGAUUUCCUGUUGCUCAGUGACAUCUAUACACAGAAUCACACAAAUCACAGAGAAUUGACAAUGCAGGAACAUGCUGUUCAGCCCAACUGCACCAUGUUGAUGUUUCAGUCUAGCCUCCUUGACUUUCACAUAACCCCCCUCAGUAUUCCUUUCCCUUCAUGUGCUCAUCUAGAUUCCUCUGUGUCUCAUCUUAACCACUCUCUAUGACAGUGAGAUGCAGAUUCUCCCUGUUUUCUGGGAAGAGAGACUUUUCCUGAAUCUCCUGUUUUCUGUCUCUCUCUCCCCCUCCGCCCCCCCAAGCAUAAACACACACACACACACACACACACCCUGCUGCAGGGGAAACAUUUUCUCUGGAUCUCCCUGGUUGGAAUUGUUUGCCUUAUUAAUGAUUCUGUCUGCAACACCCAUCAGAAAUCAGACUCACAAACAUAAUUAUAUCAGGUUGGCCAUACACAGUGAUUGAAAGAAAUGUUUAACCCCUACAUGCAGGCAGUGUAUCACUCAAUAAAGGAGUUACAUCUUUGUGACCAAAGUACAACCCCUUGAAGAUUUUGUAUUGUGUUUUUGCACUGUGCACACUAACUAUCAUUCCAAUCACACCCACUCUAAAGGUUCCAUACGGUUUUAAUUGCUUUUCCUUGUAUCUUGGAAUGGUAUUUUAAUUAAUUAAAAACACCCUGUAAAUGAAAA